AUAUCGAUUAAUGUACCUCAGAGGACUACAGCAGUGCAUGUGAGUGGGGUGAGAGCAAGCUCACAAGGAGUUGCAGCCUCAAAAGUGAUGGUUUCAAUUGGGGAAAGAAAUAAAAAUCUGAAAGGGGAGUGCUUGCCUGCUCAGACUGAAGCCAUUGCUGAGUUACAGCCACAGUCCCUUAUCAGUUGCCAUCUAGAUUUUAACAAUGAUGCGUUUGACUUCCCAGCACAUGAUAUUUUUAAAGCAGAACCUGGAUUUGAUGCAGUUUCAGGACGUUACACCUGUUCCAUCACAAUGCACAAGCUCACUGACAAGCAGCUGAAGCAUCUCAGCAUGAGUAAAACUGCACUGCGAGUUACGGCUUCAAUCCAAGGCAGCCACUUCUCUGGAGAGCAGAUCAGCACUGAGGUGCAAUUCAAUCCAGGGUUUUAUGCUGACCAAACGGAAAUGCUAUUAAGUAACCAUUACCCAAGCUCUGAUGUGAAAAUAUUUGGUGCCACUGAAAUUCUUGAUACCCUGGAGGUGAAAUGUGGGUCACCAGCACUGAAGGCAUUCGAGAAAGAGAGAUUCUAUGGUCUGCCUAGUUAUGCAGUCUACACCGUCAGCCUGUCUGAUCCAGGAGCUUCAAGCCAGGGAUCCUUAUCAGCCACUCUAGCUAUCUUUAGUCCUGUGACUGACCAGUCUAUCACUAUCCCAGUGACAGUGAUUUACUUGACUGACAGAACGAGUGCACCAGUGAGAC